AUGCCGGGCAAAGUGCUACCGGUGCUGCAUUUCAACGAGUGUGUAGCGCCAGAGACUAACAAUAGUGUGUACCGCGUGCGACAGAAGAUCCGCAAUUCAACUGACUAUGUCGGUGCGGACCAAUUUGCGCAAAAAAUUGAUAGUAUUCGCCAAGGUUGGCACGAGAAGAACCAGGUAUGCCAGCGCGAAGCUCCGCAAGAGGCGUCCGACUGGCGCGAGCGCCAAGCACGCGACCGGAAAGGCCUUGUGCUUUUUUCCGGGGACUUGUUUAACCCUAGUCUCGAGAGCAGCGUGACACGGGGCGCACAUAUGGUGCCGGUUGUGAACGCCAUGCAAGUCGACGCUGCAUGUCUUGGAAACCAUGACUGGGACUUUGGGUACCCCCACUUGCAGACGCUUAUGAGCAAGUGCAAUUUCCCUUGGCUUUUCUCGAACGUGGUGGAUGCGUCAUGGCGCGAGCAAGGCGCGACUGUCUCGGACAAGAUAGAUAAGCGCGACAAGCAAAUCGAGUACACACUGCCCUACUUUACCAUGCAGGUAGACGGCAUCAAGGUCGGGUGCAUUGGCCUUGUGGAGCAAGAAUGGCUCGACACUGUCCCUGGGUUUCCAGAACAUUUUGAGUACCGCGACAUGGUCGAGGUGGGAAAAAAGUACUCGAAAGAGCUCCGUGAGGGCCCCGAGCAGUGCGACUUGAUUAUUGCCAUCACGCACUGCCGUCUCUUCAACGAUGUCAAGCUAGCAAAUGCGCUUGGUGCAGUGCGCGAUACGGAUGUGCAAGAGCAUGGCGUAGACCUCGUGCUUGGCGGGCACGACCACGUAUACUAUAUUGGCAACGGCGUGGAAAAGUACGAGGGCGAUGCGUACGACAACUCUAUGGGAGGCACCGAGGACGACAAAAGCACCUAUUUGAUUAAAUCCGGUACAGAUUUCCACGACUUGAGCGAGCUUGCGCUUACACUUUCUGAGCCACAUGCAGGCACUGUACGCCGCCGCACGAUUGACGCGAUUGCUGCAAGCCGCCAUGUCACCCAUGCCGACGAUCCAGUGCUGCCCGAGGUCAAGAAACUGAUCGACGACCUGAUGAGCCGUGUAGACCAGUCGGUGGGGCAAUCUGUAGCGUACUCGCUCACCGAAUGGGAUUCACGCGCCAACAUGGUGCGCCUUGACGAAUCCGCAUUGGGCGACUUUAUUUCGGAUAUCCUGCUUACAUCUGCAGACCAUGCUUUGCGCUCUAAUAAUGCACACAAUACGUGCGAGCUUCUCAGCGAGAACGACCGCUUUGCUGACUGCUGCAUCAUUUGCGGCGGCUCUCUCCGCGGCGACGCCGUCUUUGGUCCCGGCGAGAUCACGCUGGGCAACAUUAUGGAGGUGAUGCCGUUUGAGGACCCGAUCGUUGUCAAAGACCUUUCUGGCCAGGAUAUCUGGGACGCACUGGAGAAUGGGUUCAGUAUGUACCCCCGCCAAGAGGGUCGUUUUCCCCAGAUCAGCGGCUUGCAUGUGGUAUGGGACUCGAGCCGCGAGCCGGGAAAGCGUGUGGUGAGUGUGGACAUCUUGCAGCAGCCAUUCGAUGGCGUCAAGGAACGCUCCGCCCGCAAAAUUCGCAAACAAAUCCGCGAGCAUUUUUCUUACGCUACCGACGAUGACAAUUCCGUCACCGUUUUACGCGCGAUGAACAAGGUCAAGGAGCCACUUGCAAGAGAUAAAAUGUACCGCGUGGUCACGCGCGAGUAUCUCGCACUAGGCAACGACGGGUUCCACGCGCUCGCCCGUGGGCGCUACAUUAUCGAUGACGAAACGGGGCAGCUUAUGGCGACGAUCGUGCGCAAGUUUCUACUUGGUGCGUCGUAUAUUUGGCGCUGGAAACAACUGCGCAACAGAGAGCACAUGAGCGGCGCCAACAGCGAGUUGGAUGGCACGUUUACGCCAGAGACCAUGUCGCCCGAUACGAGUCUCGACGGUGCCAGCACUGCACAUCAUGCACCGUCGCUGCGGGAGGAAGCGGUGGUGCGACGAGCGCAGCAAAAUGGGCAUCGCUCGGCCCAGACGGAUGCAGCAAUCCAGCGCGCGUGCGACGUUGGGCUGUCGCGUGAAGAGCAAGAGGCGCUCCCGAAGCGGCGCAAGUCGCAAAUACCGCUCGUGGUGGACCACAGUCCGAUUGCAAUUCGCGAUGCGUUUUUUGUUGCUGCCAACGAGCACCACUCUCAAUUCGAUAGGGCGUCUCGUACCUACAUGAGCAAAGACCCCCAGCGCCGCAAAGGCACGCAAGUAUCCGUGGAUGCGAAUGUGGUCGCGGAGGAUGCUAAAAAGGGACAAGACGAUCUCGCAGUGGUGCUUGUGCUCACCGACGGGCGCAUGGUCGAUCGUGCGCGCGAAGCGGAUAAAGAAAACGGUGGAUAG